AUGCUCAGUGCAAGCAUGGUCCUGGUGCUCGCCAUGCUACUCACCCUCUCCCCGUGCUGUGAUGCAGGUAAAGCUCAUGAGCCCCUGCUGCGGUUACAGGAGUCCCCUCUACGGCUGGCUAACCUGAAGGACUUCCUCACAGCUCCCAAGGAGUGCUCUUCCCCAGCAAUUGUGUUUGAGACCAGGCAUGAGACCAAGGUCUGUGCAAACCCAGAGGUCACUUGGGUGGAGAAAAAAGUUGAAAGACUUCAAAAUAGGAAGGGACUUUGUGUCCCAUGA